AUCGCAAAUACAAAGCAAGAGCCUGUUGGUGAAGGUGCUCGCUCCCGCCUCUCUUCCACAAAUCGUCCACCGGAGUAAGAGAGUGGGCUAUUUCUACUCUACAGUACAAGUGCACGAAACUAAAACCUCUGGAUAUUCUUCUCAAAUGCUUAUCUUGGCAUGUGCAUCUUCUCUUUACCCUCUGCCCACACCAAGCUAUCAAUUUUCUCACCACUGCGCCUACUUCCCUCCGAUUGUUGCAGUUCCCAAACACUGCCUUUAUGCUCGAACCGGUGCUUCACUCUUUUGUGGUAAACAGAAUCGCGCUCUAAGUGUAAACAUGCAAAGUAUGGACAGAGAGAUUGAAGAAGCGCAAGAGAAUUUUGAUGGUUAUGAAGACGAUUAUGGUAGUGAAAAUUCAUUUUCAUCGGAUAAUGGAUUUGGAGGGAGAGAGGAAGAGAAAGAUUAUGAUAGGGAUCCUGAGUUAGCUGAAAUUCUCGGCAGUUGUCUCGAUAAUCCAGAAAAAGCUCGAAAAAGAAUGGAGGAGAGAUUGAGGAGGAAAAGGAACAAGGUUUUGCACACAAAGACUGGUUCAAAUAUACCUGUAAAGGUUACAUUGAACAAAUUUAAUUUCUCAAAUUCAUACAUAUGGUUUGAAUUCUACAAUGCUCCAUUGGAGAGAGAUGUCACCUUAAUUUGUGAUGCAAUUCGGUCCUGGCACAUCAUUGGACGCCUUGGUGGAUGCAAUUCCAUGAAUAUGCAAUUAUCACAAUCAACUUUUGAUAGAAGACCAAAUUAUGAUGCUAUUCAGGGAGCAAAUGUGACACCAACCACAUUUUACAAUAUUGGGGACUUUGAGAUUCAAGACAACUUGGCACGUAUAUGGGUGGAUAUUGGGAUCACUGAGCCAUUGAUUCUGGAUAUUUUGAUCAAUGCAUUGACACAGAUAAGCUCUGACUAUGUUGGAAUCAAGCAGUUAGUGUUCGGUGGAUCGGAAUUUGAGAAUUGGAAGGAGAACUGGACAUCAGAAGACGCAGGUUGCAGUGUCCAGAAGAUUUAGAGUUGUCUUUGGCGUCCAAUUUUUCGUCUUUGAAUUCUAUGUAUAUGUUGAACAAGAGGAGAUAAAACAAAACAAUAAUACUCAAUUUAGUUCAGGAUGUGUAAUUGGUAGGAAAUUAGGAAAAAGCACUCCAUUGGUGGCUCAUGAGGCAUACAUAUCAUGCCUUUGCAUUUAAACACCAUUCCUGGUUUCAAUA